AUGGCUUGCUGCGGCGGUGCGAUCGCUUCCGACAUGCGGGCUACCGUCACUGAGGUGCCUGCUACCUCGAAUGCUACUGGUCCCGGCUACAGCAUUCAGGGCUACGAGGACCUCAAGUACACCUACUCGUUCGUUGACAACGUUUUUGACCAGAAGAAGGAGGAUCUUGCCGCCUACUACCAGAAAUGGGGACGUGUCCUCUGUGUUCUUGAUGAGAACCUCAACGAGCUCUACGGUCCCUCCAUCAAGGCUUACUUUAACGCUCACAAUAUCAAGCCUACUCUCCAUGUCUUCAAGGGUGGUGAGCUUCACAAGAACAUGGAUACGAUGCUUGGCUUUGUCGAUGCCAUGGACUCGUUUGGUCUCAUCCGAAAGGAACCGGUUCUCGUUGUUGGAGGUGGUCUUGCCUCGGAUGUACUCGGCUACGCUUGUGCCUCAUACCGACGAAGCACUAACUACAUUCGUGUCGGCACGACGCUCAUUGCUUUGAUCGACGCUGCCAUCUCUAUCAAGGUUGGCAUCAACCAUAAGAAGCUCAAGAACCGCCUGGGCGCUUAUCACGCUCCCAUGCACACUUUCCUCGACUUUGACUUCCUCAAGACACUCCCUAUCGGUCAGACGCGGAACGGUACCGCUGAGCUCAUCAAGAUUCUCCACUGUACUGACAAGUACACUUGGGGUUUGCUCGUCAAGUAUGGCGAGGACCUCGUCAACACCGCUUACGGCCGCAACGCUACAGGACCUGGCGCCAAGGAGCUCAAGGAGGCCGCCGACACCAUUUGUCGCAAUGCGAUUAAGGGCAUGCUGGAUCUCGAAUCGCCCAACCUUCAUGAGAUUGGUCUUGAUCGUGUUAUUGCCAACGGUCACUCGAUUUCGCCUACUCUUGAGCUUGCCCCCUUUCCACCUCUGCGCCACGGUCACGCCGUCACCAUCGACAUGGCCUGGUCCGUCACUUUGGCACACAUGCGCGGCUACAUAACUGAUGCCGACCGUGACGAGUGGUUUGGCCUUGCUGGAAGCGUCGGCCUUUCCGUCGACCACCCCUUGUUGACCGACGAGCUCAUUCUCGAGGGUAAUGAGGCCAUCAAGAAGACACGUGACGGUCUGCAGCGAUUUGUGCUCGCCAAGCCAUUGGGCAAGUGUGUCUUUGCCAACGACAUUUCAGAGGACGAGUUCAUCAAGUCGCUUGCAGUGCACAAGGCCUACGUCAAGAAGAUCGGCCGCGGCGAUGGUGUCGGUCUGGAUGCCUACGCCGACGCCGGCGACCUUGGUGCUGACCCCGAGGCUCUGCUCAAGGAGCGCAAGACCGAGGCUAUGCGCAUUAACGGUGUUCGCCCCACCGAGGCUGUCGUCAACCAUGUUGCGCCCAAGACUGCUCUCGCCGUUGCUGCUUAA